CAUAAUGGCAUGUACCCUGCACCUCCCAGACCUUCCCAGUAGCCCGCUGGCAAUGGAAUAUGUGAAUGACUUUGACCUCAUGAAGUUUGAUAUUAAGAGAGAGCCUUUAGAAAACAGGGAUCCCACCACUAAUCAUCUGUACCAGGCCUCUGCUUGUGUGCCAACCGGGGGUUCCUUGACAUCAACACCUUGUAGCUCGGUGCCUCAGUCGCCAAGUUUCAAUGAUCCUUCUGGCUUUGCUGGUGUGGAUCCAAAGGCUUCAUUGGAGGAUGUCUAUUGGAUGGCGACUUUGCAGCAGCAGAUGGGUCAUGACAGCAUCGGGAUGAGCGCCGAGGAUGCAGUCGAGGUUCUAAUCAACACAGCACAGCUUCAGGGCCUCGAGUCCAGUUUCAGAAGUGGAGUGUUUGGGCGUACUCCUCAGCACCACCAUAGCCAUCAGUCUACCGGAGGACCUUUACCGAACCAAAGCUUCACUUUGACAGCUGAAGAAUUGGAUAGCCAGCAACACAGUCAGAUGGUCACACCUGAUUUGCGACUGGAAGAGCAGUUUUCAGAUGAGCAGUUAGUGAGCAUGUCUGUCCGGGAGCUAAAUCGCCAUCUGCGGGGCUUCAGCAAAGAUGAGAUUGUCAGGAUGAAACAGAAACGUCGCACUCUAAAGAAUCGUGGCUAUGCACAGUCCUGCCGCUACAAACGUGUUCAGCAAAAGCAGGUCCUGGAGGCAGAAAAGAGCCACUUAGCACAACAGAUGGAGCAGCUACAAUGUGAGCUAACUCGCAUUCUACAAGAACGAGAUGCCUACAAGUCCCGCUAUGAGAAACUCCUGACCAAAAGCUUUGAAGACAGAGAGAGACCCCUGCUUGUUCCAUGCCUAGAAUCUCACCAGCCCCAUCCCAGGAAUUCAUUUGCUGAGGAGCUUUGAUAGGGUAUGCAGAUUGAUGGCACCAGUCGAGUGUCAUGGAAUUAUGACAUGCAACCAUAAGCUAUGUAUUGGUAAUAAUGCUGGGGGAUUUCAAUCCCUGUGGCAGAUCGUGUGAGAAAAAUGUCUAGGAGCAGUGUUGGUUCUAGUUCCACAGCAACGGCUUCCCUUCAGCCCACCAGUCAGGCUUUUUAAGAACAAAUACAAUUCAAUGUUACGCAUGCCGGACAUGCUAAGGAAGAGAACCUGAAAAGUGAAGAAAGUUGAUCCCCAUUCACAUUCACGACAGGAGUCUCACUCCUUCGCACUUUCUAAUUCUCCAUGUUUUUCCAGUGAUAAACAUCUGCUUUUUCUCGGCUUUCUCUCACGUUUCAAGUUUUGGCAACGUUUUGAUUUUAUCAAAUGUUUUAGAAUGUCAACACAUCUUCUCCAAAGAUCGACUUGGUCCAAUUUCAGGGUUAUUAAAGUGUGCUAAGUUUG